UUGAUUUGGGAUAUAAGUAUCCUCCGACAACUCCGCAUCGAAAUCACUUUUCUUUUAAAUGAUCAAAAUGAUUUCCACGUCUAACAUUCUCUGCAGUCCGGACUUUGAUACCGGUACUUCUUUCUACCAUUCGACGCGUUGAUUACCUUGUAGGUACUUCACUUAUUUCAUUUAUGGCUCAUUAUCUUAGAAUUGGACAAGGGGAAGGAUUGACGCGACUACAAGUACCACCAGGCAUCGACCACCUUAACAUCACUUCUUACACACAUCACUUCUUACACACAUCACUUCAUACAAUGAUACAUCUCUCGAUCUUCCAUUGAUUCACUUACAUCACGGGCGGUUUAUGCGCAGGUGCGAGAUGUGGAUGUUGAGCUUGUGACCUAAAAUUGUUGGCUUCAGAACUUCGCGAGAGCUACGUGGAAGAUCACGACUUUACACUACAUUCCCGAAAGCAGAAGGUAAGACAUCAUUUUAAAUCUUUCCCUUGGUCUGCCAGCCUAUCUCACUUACAUGGCGUAAUCUCCCCGGUGGAAGUUGCAUGACCAUCCCUCCCCUUGUCAAUAGGCAUGUAUGGCUCCUAUUAGAUCUUGGGGGAUCAAGAAACCGGCCUACUCUGGUUCGGGGGACCAUCCUUAUUGUUCAAGGGCUAGUUGCCAUGUAUGAAGCGGUUAUUCAAAGAAAGCGACGGAUGCGAAGUCAAUCUGGACAGUUGGACGCCUGGGAUGCAUUCAACCCAGGUGGAGCGUAAGGAGCUUACCGAGUACUGUUUAAGUCUAGGACUGCAAACUGCAGUUCUAGUCUCUCGCUUUUGGUGAGAUUAUCUCUGCGAUGCUGGCUUUUGUCUCCGGGAGGUAAUCGCGAGUGAUCACCCUUGAUCUUGUGAUGGCUUCGGCUCUUCACAGUGAAUGGGGCCCCAGAAUAUUCUUGCUCGAAAUGUUGGGUCUCUGGUCAGACAUCGAUGUCUUACUCAGCGGUCCAUCCCACUGACAGCUGUCAUAUAGAGUAUGAAACAGUCACUUUACACUGCGCUACAACAUGUCCGAAGAAAACAAGGUAAGACACCAUUUUUAUAAUGUCUCUCCCUCGGUCUGUCAGCCUUUCAUACAUACUUGACGUAAUAUCCCAAAUGGUCGUACCAUUACCAUUCCUCCUCCUUGAUUCUUUGGGCAUGUACGACUCCUAACUAGAUUAUUGGGAUCAUUAAACCAGCCUACUUUGGUUUGGGGGAGUCGUCCUCAAUAUCUUCAAGGAGCAGUUGUCUUGUAUGACACAGUCGUUCAAAAAAGGAGUGACAGAACGGUUAUUUUAGUCUAGUAUGGCAGUUGGACGUUCGGGAUGAUAUUUUACCCGGGCGGAGCGUUAGGAGCUUGCCGAGUACUGUUACCCUUAUUGUUGUACGGCAUUCCUAGCAAUAGGUCACUUUGGAGAAUUCAGCUUGUACGGCAUUCCUAGGCUAAAUUUUUCUUGACUUCUUGUGUGAUGCUAGACCAUUGGUCAGACAUUAGUGUCUUACUCAGCGUUUAACCCCGCUGACAGCUGUCUUUUAUAGAGGGCCAAGACCCACUACUCCCGAUACCCCAAGCGCCGCCAGGCCAUGGGGCCUCAAGAAGUAGCCGCCCUCGUAGCAGACGCGGAGCCUCCCCUCCCUCAGACAAUAAUCAACAAUCACCAUCACCACUUUCACUUGACAGUUCACAACGGUGAUGGUUUCACUGAGGAAGAGAGGGAUCUCCUUCGAUUUGUAAGUGAUCAUACCCCAUUCAAUUGUCAAUAUUCAAAUCCAACUGAACCUUCGAACCCAUCUGCAUGCCCGUAAUCAACUGAAUGUCAACUUCGAUUUGGUGAUUCACACCCAUUUGAUUCUCUAAAUUCUUCUGAUUGUUUGAAAAUAUUUAGCUGUUCCCAAGCUAAUCGUACAUUCAGCGAAACGACAUGCGUGAAGCUGAGAACUUCCGUUUUUCAAGCCUCCAAAUGCAGGAAUUAAGUCGUGUAAGCUAGCUGUAACAACCUCCUAUUCACUGUUCAAGUAUUGAUCGUAUAAUCAGCGCAUUACGGAGCUGGAGCGAUUUUCACUCCAACAGAACGAGCGGUGGCGCCUUUAGGCGAUUUAUGGCCUUCUCCUUUUCUGCGCCCUCUUCGGUGCUUGUGCUGGGUUUUCGUUUUUUCCGGUUUUAGGCCGUGAAACCUCUCUUGUCCCUAGCGUUAUCCGAACAUACAGUGUCUGAGCUUCGAUCAAUGUUACGGGUACUCUUUCUUUAAAUUGGGCGGGGAUUGGAUGGACGGAUGGAUUCGGCUGGAUUUGGGUUGGGGCUUUCAGAACGGUCCAAAUUGGAUUCUGUCCAUUUUCACUUACGCCGAGAUUCCCUCUCCUCUAGACAUUAAUUAACAACCAUCCCCACUUUCAUUUGACGAUUCUCGGUGGUGGUGAUCCCAAAGAGGAGAGGGGUCUCCAACAAUUUGUAAGUUAUCAAACCCUGUUCAAUUAGUAACAUUCAAAUCCUUCUAAGUGUUCAUCUAUUUGAUAGCUCAAAUACAUUUAAUCGUCCAUCCUACUGCUUGAAAUUCUAUCGUUGUUCCAAAGCUAAUCGUAUAUUCAAUUCAGCAAAACGACCUCCGGCAAGCGGAGAACGCUCGGCUGCUUUCGGGCCUACAGUUACAGGACCUGACAAAGGUAGGUUCAUCACAGAAUCCUCUAAUAAAUUUUUUCAAAUAUUGAUCGUAGAAUCAGCAGAUAGAGGAGCUGGAGCGCUCGCUCCAGACCCCUGAGAAUGGCGCCUCCGGGCAAUUUAUGCCCUCCUUUUUUACCUGCUCUUCGGAGCAUUUGCUGGGGCGUUUUUUCUUCGGCUUUAGGUCAUGAGAGUUCUCUCAUUAAUAAUACAAUUCAACUAUAUGGUAUUUGAGCUUCGAUCAAUGUCCUUCGUAAGUCAUCUCAACCCCAAUAUCAAUCUUUCAAAUCCUGAUUAUAUAUAUCUUCAGGAAUAUAACACGGAGCACCUCAAAUAUCUAGCUUUUGAACUUCCACGAAGAGGAAAUGAUGAUAGUGGGGCUUGAGGAAGAUGGCAAAUGUCACAUUUAUCGCGUUUUAUAAACCCAAAGGGAAUGGGUGCAGCUCUAUAGUCAAUGGUUCACCAAAAAUGGGAAAUAUUUCGUGCAUCAAUUAUUGACCAAAAAUUUGAAAGACUGAGAUUUUAAGUAUGACUAGAAUUGAGUUGAAGGCAGGAUAUUUCAACAGACUUAAUUUAAUCACUGUACAUCACAAGUGCAAGUCACCAGUCUAGAUAACCUUUUCAACAUUUUUACAUUAAUUGAAAUUAUACCCU